GAAGCAAAUAAUCCAUGCUACUACAUUUUCUUUUUGUCCGUCUUUCUUCGCUUACUUCCGCCCCUGACACAUGGUAUCAUGUAAUCGGUAACCUCCUUUUACUGCGUGCGUAUACUUAUUCGCCUACCAUAUUUGGUUUGGUGGUUGUUACAAAACCAGCCGCGAGACCGGGAGUAGAGUCCGAAAUCUUUUGGACGGGGCGGAACUACAUAAUGCGCAAUGCGGUUCGGGAUCCCUAGUAAAGCAGUCCCUAAUGAGAACCCAAUAAUUGGCGUUCCCCUUGCAGCACAACUGAAUUAAUUAGUUACUUGCCAAGGUAUACUCUCUAGGGAAGAGUAGAUGGUUAUUAGCUACAUUUCACUUACCUACCUAGGUAUCUAAGUAUGUAUAGGUAGAUGUAUUUCGACACAGGACGAUCCGAAGGAGCUUAGUUAAGAUCUAAACCAAUCUAAAUCGGUUCUAAAA